AUGUUUAAAAUUCGUGAUGAACCAUACGCGCAUAUGUCAGUAUUCGAAAAGCUGCUGCCAACACAUCCCGGAAGCCUCUGCUACACACUAUUGUUACAUCGUACCGAAUUGAAGAAUGGCGGUGCUCGUGAUUUCGAAAGCACUGUGCGUUUAACUAAGUCAAAAUAUUACGUAACAGAAAAGUUGAUUGCCCAUAUGAAACCAAAAAUGUAUCGACUAAAGGCUGAUGAGUAUCCAGUAAUUAAACAGCAGCAGUCGUACUGCAAGCGAUUGAAACAGAAAAUGAGCAUUUUAAACGAGCAACAGGAGAGGAAACAUAAGCGUGCCAUAAAGGCGACAAAAUCGUGGGAGAUGUACUUAGACGAUGAUUUGGCGUAUAAGAAAUACCGCGAAAUAAGGUACUUCGACGAGGUGGAGGAUGUGGAAGAUGAAAACGACGAGGAAAACGACUCCGACAACUCCAAUUCAAACGACGACUCCAAUUCAAACGACAACUCCAACUCAAACGACGACUCCAACUCAAAAGACGACUCACACGACGUCACCGAUUCAAAUGACAACUCCAACUCAAAAGACGACACCGACUCACACGGCGACUCCGUCUCAGACGGCGACUCCGACUCAUACGACGACACCGACUCACAAGACGGUACCGACUCACACCGCGACUCCGACGACGGCUCCGAUGACGGAUCCGACGAUGACUCUGACGAUGACCCCGACGACGGUUCCGACAAUGACUCCGACGACGAGAGCUUCAAUGAGGAGAAAAAGUUGGACAUAAAAAUUCAACCUGAUCACACGAAUGCAAUAUACCAUCAUUUGCUACAGAACAGAUCAGAAGUACCUCGGCGUGACCAAUUUCGUGUGAUGAGGGGGCUAGACUUGUGGAGGGCGGAGAACAGGGAUGACAAGGUUAUGAACACGUUUAAGGAUUAUUUGCAGAAUGGCGCAAAAUGGCAUGAAGCAGCAAUUGAAUCUGCGCGGCAAAUGUUAUUCCGUAGUGAACAAGAAAGAAAGGAGCAUCAACUAGCCGAGGAGCGUCAACAAGCCAAGGAGCACCAACUAGCCGAGGAGCGUCAUCAAGCCAAGGAGCGUCAACAAGCCAAGGAGCAUCAACUAGCCAAGGAGCGUCAACAAGCCAAGGAGCAUCAACCAGCCGAGGAGCGUCAACAAGCCAAGGAGCGUCAACCAGCCAAGGAGCAUCAACUAGCCGAGGAGCAUCAACUAGCCGAGGAGCCUCAACUAGCCGAGGAGCGUCAACAAGCCAAGGAGCGUCAACAAGCCAAGGAGCGUCAACCAGCCAAGGAGCAUCAACUAGCCGAGGAGCAUCAACUAGCCGAGGAGCCUCAACUAGCCGAGGAGCGUCAACAAGCCAAGGAGCGUCAACCAGCCAAGGAGCAUCAACUAGCCGAGGAGCAUCAACUAGCCGAGGAGCGUCAACAAGCCAAGGAGCGUCAACUAGCCAAGGAGCGUCAACAAGCCAAGGAGCGUCAAUAA